AUGGAAAAGCAUGGAGUGAUACCCGAUGUCAUAGACAGCGCGCCGGCACACGUACUACACGUGCGCUACCCAUCGGGCGCUGAGCCCCAGUUGGGCAACGAGUUAACACCUCAUGAAGUGAAAGAUUUACCAUCGGUAAUGACGUGGCCUACGGUGGCCAACACGCUAUACGCCGUAUGUAUGUUAGAUCCGGACUCAACCAGUCGGCGGUCACCCAAAUACAGACAUUGGCAACACUGGCUGGUAGUCAACGUACCCAACAAUAAUACAGCUAUGGGCGAGAUAUUGUCCGAUUAUGUGGGCCCGGGUCCGUCCAUGGGUACUGGUCUGCACCGAGUGAACAAUAGCUCGGUUGUUGGCCGGCUACUGUUUAAGCUAGAUGAAUUUGCUAAGAAAUAUAAUCUAGGUGCUCCCUUGGCCGCCAGUUUAUGGGAGACUAUGGAAAAGCACGGAGUGAUACCCGAUGUCAUAGACAGCGCGCCGACACACGUACUACACGUGCGCUACCCAUCGGGCGCUGAGCCCCAGUUGGGCAACGAGUUAACACCUCAUGAAGUGAAAGACUUACCAUCGGUAAUGACGUGGCCUACGGUGGCCAACACGCUAUACGCCGUAUGUAUGUUAGAUCCGGACUCACCCAGUCGUCGGGCGCCCAAAUACAGACAUUGGCAACACUGGCUAGUAGUCAACGUACCCAACAAUCAUACAGCUAUGGGCGAGAUAUUGUCCGAUUAUGUGGGCCCGGGUCCGUCCAUGGGUACUGGUCUGCACCGAGUGAACAAUAGUUCGGUUGUUGGCCGGCUACUGUUUAAGGUUGAUGAGUUUGCCAAGAAAUAUAAUCUGGGUACUCCGUUGGCUGGGAAUUUCUUUCAUGCUAGAUGGGAUGAUUAUGUUCCCAAAUUGCAUUUACAAUUGAGUGGGGCUUAA